AUGUACGACGACCUCAAACAGGUGAUAGAGGGCGCUUCACGGAUCCUGGAGAAAACCCUGAGCCGCAGAACCAGACCGAUCAAGAACUUUGUCCUGGUCCCCUUCCACGACCCAGGUGUUGUUGUUGGUGAGGACCAGGGUCUGAAGGAGCUCCUGAACAUUCACAACUCUGCUCUGAUCGUCAGCCUCAAGUUUCCACGUCCUGGAGCCUGGAAACUCAAGGUCAGUUGCAGUGGACGCCACAUGUUGAGGGUCACUGGCGUCAGUAACCUGGACUUCCGUGCUGGAUUCUCCAGCGUUCCUGUGUCAGAGUUCAGCUCCACCAGAGAGAGGCCGAUCAAAGGAAUUCCGGCCCACGUGCUGCUGAAGUGUACCGGUCUGCAGCCCCCGGGCCAGCUGAGCCACGUUGAACUCAUGUCAGGAUCCGGCCGCUCCCUGCGGACACUCCCCGUGCGCCGCUCCCCCCCGCCCUGGGCCGGCAGGGUCUGUGGAGUCUCCCCGAGUUCCGCACCCCCUCCCAGAGCUUCUUCAUCAGGGUGACGGGCAAAGACGCGGGGGGGCACCGCUUCCAGAGACUGUCCAGUGUCUCCUACACCAACAUCGUUCCAGGCAGGACGGAGACGGCGCUCACACGCACUUCAUCA